AUGGCUCAAAACGAAGCUUCGGAUCAGAAGAAGAGGCCCGCCUUCGUGGAUCCUGAUGACGUGCCAGAGAAAGCAGGCAGUGAGGAAGAAGACGACGAGUCGGGUGGUUCACCAGGGCCGCUUGGAGCCCGCGUUUUCUCGCCUCGCUCUGGCACCCCAGCGACGCGCUUCGACAUCCGGAGGCUUACGGAGCACUCCGAGGCGAUCGCGGAGGAGGACGAUGGCCUCCGCUUCCGUCACUUCUUGACGGUGAAAGGACCUCCCAUCUUCAUCGUGGCCGUGAUGCUGCCGGUCUUCAUGAGGACAUUUGACCUGGAGCCCCAGGCUCGCUGUGCCCUCAUCAUGCUGGGAGUCUUGACACUCAGCCUCUUCGAGCUUCUGCCCCUCUUCUGUGUGGCCCUCUUCAUCCCGGUUCUGGGCAGCAUUUGCGCUGUCUUUGGCGAGGAGCGGACAAUGCUCACGACGUCGAGACUGCUGCUUGGCAGCUUCUUCAACCAGACUUCCUUCUUAGUCCUGGGGAGCCUGGUCAUCAACGCUGUGUUCGAGAAGUGUGGCGUCCUGGAUUUGCUGACCUCCUCGCUGCUCCGGCGCUGGCGCUUAGAGAGCAAGAGCUUCCUCCUGGUCAUCAUGGUCUUGACCAUGGCCGCCUGCUCCGUGCUGGUCUCUGGCUCCAUUGUGGUCUUGGCAGCGCUGAAGCCGCUGUUGAUGAAGAGAGGUUUCGGGCAGCUGGAGGUGCCGGUGAUCAAGCGCCUGUUGCUGGGAGUCGCCUUUGCCGCCAAUGCAGGCUCCAUUCUUCUGCCCAUCUCAAGUCCAGUGACGCUCAUCACUGUGAGUCUCCUGCGCGACUUUGACCACAAGCUGUCGUUGUGGAGCUGGUUCUUCAUCUCAGCUCCCGUUGCUGUGCCGACAACUGUCUUGUCCUGGUGGGUCCUUUGUUGCUUUUACCCCGCGGAGCACGAUGCAGAAGAAGCUGUCAUCAAGACGGUGGAGGAGGGAUUGGAGGAAAGUCCCGGACCGGGCCUCACUCGACAAGUCAGCCUAAGCCACGCCUCAGAGGUGCAGAUGACACAGGGCCAUUGGUUCAUGCUCGUUUCAUCCUGCCUGGCGGUUCUGGGGAUGACGAUCUUCGCCGAGGCCCUGGAGCCCACCCUCGGCCAUCCAGCCAUCCUCGCGCUGGCCUUGGUGGUCUUGGCCUUCGGAAGUGGGUUCCUCUCACGGGACGAGUUCCUCUCCCUGGAGUGGGACUUGCUGGCCAUCGUCGGAGGCACGAACGUCAUGGCGCUGAUGGUGCGAGAGACGGCGCUGGCGGCCAAAGGCUCUGCCAUCAUGACGCAGUCCGGCCUCAUUGGUGGCAUGUCGUUCUGGCCCUUCACGGUGCUGGUGAUCUCAACGCUCAUCAUCUUCGGUACCUUCUGUGGCCAUCAGCUUGCCGGAGUCAUUGCGCUGCCUUUGCUGGUGGCCUUGGGUGUGAAGCUGGAGGCGGCGGAGCUCUUCGCAUUGCCCGGGGCCUUGCUCAUACUUUGCUGUGCCACGUCGUGCCUCUCUCUUGAUCUCAAGAGAAAAAUCUGUGGCCGCUUGGAGGCUGUGCGCUCUUUCGAUCCCGCUUGGGAUGGGCAUGCCGAGUGA